AUGGACGAGAGGCACAAGGUCAGGCUCCAAACGACAUUGGACGAGAGACACAAGAUUAGGCCCCUAACGACAAUGGACGAGAGACACAAGGUCAGGCCCCAAACGACAUUAGAGGAAAGGCACAAGGUCAAGCCCCAAAUGACAUUGGACGAGAGGCACAAUAUUAGGCCCCAAACGACAAUGGACGAGAGGCACAAGGUCACGCCCCAAAUGACAAUGGACGAGAGGCACAAGGUCAGGCCCCUAACGACAUUGGACGAGAGGCACAAGAUUAGGCCCCAAAAGACAUUGGACGAGAGGCACAAGACUAGGCCCCAAACGACAAUGGACGAGAGGCACAAGGUCAAGCCCCAAACCACAUUGGACGAGAGGCACAAUGUCAGGCCCCAAACCACAUUGGACGAGGGGCACAAGGUCAAGCCCCAAACCACAUUGGACGAGAGGCACAAGGACAAGCCCUAA